AUGAUGCAAAAGAAUACCGUUUCUGCCAAUAGACGUUUGAAUGUACACUUGAAUCACCUGAUUCCGAACUCUGCUACCUCCUCAUUGGAGGAUCAUCAUCAAGAAUUGCCAGUCUUGAUUGAGCACCAAAAUUGCAGUGGAACAGCCCCAUCCAGUCAAAGUGCAUCGACUCAUUAUUCCUAUGCCACUUAUACGUAUCCCAAUGAAGAGAAUGAUCGUUAUAGCAGCAUUUCAUACAAUUAUACUCACACCUUUGAUGUCAAGAAGAUGAUUACAUUCUUGAAUGGAGGACGAGACAAGAGAACCAUUCACAAAUUCCUUGACACUCCACUCUUGCUCAAAAAGACGACUAACAUGCCAAAGGAAGAAGCAAGAGAGGUCACCUUGCAACAAGUUGCUUACUUGUGUAAAUCAGGACUCUUCCGUAUCUCUGAUAUUAAGAAAGAUCCUGAGGGUCUUUUAUCUAGACUCGAGGGUACUAAUCUUAUUGAGACUUCUGCCAAUGUCAAGAUGGGAGUUCAAUUGGUCUUAUUCACAGGAAGUAUUCUCAACUUGGGUACUAAGAAACAUCAUGAUAAAUAUUUGAAGAGAGCUGAGAAUUUGGAAUUACCUGGUAUGUUCGCCAUGACAGAGAUUGAGCAUGGAUCCAACGUUCGCCAACUUCAAACUACUGCCACCUUUGAUGAAAAUACCAAUGAAUUCAUCCUUAACACUCCAAAUAAGGGUGCUCUCAAGUAUUGGCUAGGUAAUGCAGCAUGUCAUGGUGUCAUGGCCACUGUGUUUGCAAGAUUGAUCCUUAAGGGUAAGGACUAUGGUGUUCACGCAUUCUUAUGCCCAAUUAGAGAUCAAGAGACUGGAAAAUUAAUGCCAGGUGUCAUUGCUGGUGACUGUGGUGACAAGAUUGGACUCCAUGGUAUCGAUAACGGUUUCCUCGAGUUCACCAACGUUCGUGUUCCAUAUGACAAUUUGUUGGAUCGAUUUGGUGGCAUUGACCUCACAACCAAGACAUACAAGUCAGAUUAUGAAAAUCCAGACAGAAGAUUUGCAGCAGUGUUGGGUGAAUUGAUCACUGGUAGAGUUACACUUAUUGCUGGAUCUCUCGGUGCUCGAAGAGCUGCAUGUAUGGUUGCUACUCGUUAUGCCAAUCAAAGAUGUCAAUUCGGUCCUGGAAAGGAUUUACCAGAACAACCAAUUCUUGAUUACAAGUCUCACAAGAUUAAGCUCAUGCCAAUCAUUGCAUCAUGCUAUGCCUAUGAAUUCAUUAAGAGAAAGGUCAUGAAGAAGUACUGUAGAUUGCAUGUCGAAAAGGUCUCUGAUGAAGAGUUGCACGAAGUUCACGCUCUCGCUGCUGGUGUUAAAGCAGUCAUGUCUUGGGACACUCAAGAAAAUUUACAAACACUCAGAGAAAUGUGUGGUGGACAUGCAUACUCUGCUUACAAUCGAUUGGGAUCUGUGAGAGAUGACCAUGAUGUAUUCCAAACCUUUGAAGGUGAUAACACUGUCCUUAUCCAGCAAUUGGGAGGCUACUUGUUGAAACAAUUCGGCAAACAAUUCAAGGGUGACGUUAUUGCUGACAGCAUUAGCUACUUGAGAAAGGAAGUAGGUGGUCUUCUCUCCAAACGUAAUCCAGUCAUUACAAGAUUUGCCUCAAAGAAGCAUUUGAGAAAUUCAGACUUCCAUCUCCAAGCCUUUGAAUACAGAACUGCCAAACUUCUUGGUGAAUGUGCUGUUGAAAUUAACAGCAAGAAGAAGAAACAAGGUCUCUUCCAUGCCUUUAACGAAUCUCUUCCAAAGUUAAUUCGUCUCGGUAGAGCAUAUGUUGAACAAGUUGCUCUUCAAGAUUUCAUCAAUGAAAUUGAGCAAGUCACUGAUCCAGAAUUGAAGCAUAUUCUCAAGUUGUGUGCAGAUUUGUUUGCUUUACACACCAUGGUCAAGAAUAUUGGAGACUUUUUGGAUCUCAUCAAGAGAAACAAAUUCUCAGCCAUUCAAAACAUGGUUGAAUGGUUGUGUGAGGAAUUGAGAGUACAUGCUGUCUCCUUGGUUGAUUCCUUUGGAAUUCCAGACUUCCUCCUUGACGCUCCUAUUGCCAAGAGAGAUUGUGGUAACUAUGUUGCUCACACUGUCGAAUAUGCUCUCACAAGAAAUAAGGGUAAUGCUGACCUUAUUGGAAAAUUGACUACUGAUAAGAAGGUCAACAAGAAACAAGUGGUAAAGAAUGAAAAAGAAACCACUGAUGUAUUGGAAAUGGAUUUGUAA